GAGUUAGGCCAGGACAUAGAGUUCUUGCGAUCGAGGGGUACCUACGCCUAUGAUAGAUGGUACGCCGUGGACAUUGAGAAGAUAGUGGCCCCAGAGGACGCAGGGAACGUGGGUCGAGUUGAGAGCCUGCGCAAUGGAUGUCACGAAUGAUGGAGAAAGAUCCGACAUUUUUUCCUUCCACAAUUGCUUCCGUCAGAGUCGCUAAGGUCUCGGGUGAUUGCUGUUGGAUUGUGUGCGGAUGGCGACGGGGAUAUACAAAAUGGUAAACGUAGGCGCUUGGAGGGCUUGGCACUACCGGAUUUGAAGUGCCAAGACCAGCUGCCGCUGAACACCUCUCGUUACCACAUACACCAACGCCGCCCUCAAAAUCCGGAGUCGACGCGCGUACUUUGCCAUCCAGUCUCUCACCGCGAAUUUCGAGAAGGUAUGUGUGCCGGAGACAAUUUCGCCUGUUUUAGCGCGCUCCCCCCAGAACUGCGACUCCUGGUUUGGGAACACGCACUCUCGGUAUGGACAGUCUGGGCUGCGGCUCCCAAUAGUGCUGCAGGUAGCCACCUCACCGCGAAUCGUUUGCCUUUCACCAUGGCCUUCGUCGGGCCCGUGCCGUAUUUGGCAGGCCUGUCCUGCAGGGAAGCCCGGCGGCUGCUGGAACGAUCCUACGUCAAGCCCGUUCUCGGUCCAAGGGGCACAGCGACAAUCGGCGACGUCUACUGGGUCGAUCUGAAGAAGACGGUCGUCUAUCUCGGCGGUGGUUUCAACGCGAUAGCCGUCCUAGACAGCUUUAGUGCGGGUGGACUCUCAAAAUUCGAACACGUCGGUCUAUCAUGGUACCGGUUCCAGAGACUUGCUCGAACGUGCCAGCGCUUGGCGGCGUUGUGUCCGGGGAUUCGCACCGUCAUCAUUCAGCGAAGCGAAUCAGAAAUUGCUACCAAUAACUCCACAUACAAGCCAUUGAGUCUCGAGACGGCUGCUGGCUUCGCGAACAUUGCUGAAAAAAGCGGGCCUGAGUUAGGAUAUGAACAGCUUGACACGCAUCAUCUGCGAGCGCUUCUGCUUGAUUACUUCGGCGAUUCGCCUCCUAUGUUCCAUCUUUUGCCCCCGGGCUCUGUUUAACGCUCGCCACAAUGUUCGAUGCGCCGCCUCCUGUAACGAGAUCCCUCGAGACGCCGGGAACAAUAGGAUAUGGCAUCGUUUGAAUACCCCUACGGACAGUCUCAGAAGAUCAGCAGAGAGGCACAGCACGAUUGAAGUC